AUGGGAGACUCGUCCCCUCUGCUACCCGUUCGGCGGCUUUACGUCCCCCGAACGCCCGACCGCGAGCUGCAGCAGGACACCAUCCCCUGCUCCCCUGGGGCGCUGCUGCUGCGGACUACGCAGCCCACGCAGAUCCUGCCGCUCACCUCGUCGCCGGGCACCAUCGAGGUGCCCGCCUCGUCGCCGUUUCAGAAGCCACCACCGCCCCGGCUUGGCUCACGGCUGGCGCCCGCCGGCACCGUGUUCCGUCCACCAGUGCAGGCCCGGCGGCCAGUGGCGUCGUCGCCGAAGCGCCCCAACCCCGACACAAUCUCGCUGCUCUCAGACGACGACGAGGACAGUUUGCUACCCCCACGGGGCGAUAUUCGGCCGACGAACUUUAAAGCGCACGUCUCUGCUUUUGCUUAUAAGCCAAGAGCCGACGAGGAGCGCUCCAAGCUGAGGCAAAUAUUCGACGUGUUGGGUGACAGGGUGUCGGUGCAGCAGUCCCGCGAUGCGUUGCGGGCCUACGGCUAUGAUUUGGAGGACGCAAUACAGCACUUGGAAGAUCAAACGCGAAAGAAGAAGAGGCGGCUCGUGCAAGGGCGGCGGCCAAAACUGGUGUCGCCAAGAAAGCCUUCGCCCCCUCCUCCGCCACCAUCCUCUCCGCCAAAGUCGCAGUCUCGGCCAAAGUCGCAGGCAUCUAUCAAGAGGGAGGUGAUUAUGAUAGAGGAUGACGCGUAUGAUUACGAGGAGGACGCUGAAUCUGCACCCGACGAAGAUGGCCGAGUCUUGGAAUCCAUCAACAAGAGCACAUUGCAGGAACUAGCUGCCAUGACUAGCAUCAAGGAAAAUCUGUUGGAACCCAUCAUUAAACAUCGGCCUUUUGCCAACUUGCACGCUGCUCGCACAGUCACUAUUGAGAACCGACAAACUCGAGGGGGCGGGCGGCUCUUCACCGGCGAGACUGUCGUUGACGCUGUGCAAGUCUUUUUGGACGCUGUCACCGCCAUUGACGAGGUCGUCGCUACGUGUGAGGCCAAGGCUCGCACCGUCAAGAGUGUUAUCGACACUUGGGACCUUGAUCAUUUCGGCCACUCAAAAAGCAGAACGACACCCGAAAAUGGGGCGCCUCUUACACCCAACAGCAUAUCCAGCUUUGUGCCGCCUCUGAUACCACAACAACCUGCCCUCAUGGACGGCCACUGCCGCAUGAAGCCGUUUCAGUUAUUCGGGCUCAACUGGAUGACCCUUCUCCAUAAAUUCGACAUUGGCUGUAUUCUUGCUGACGAGAUGGGUCUGGGAAAGACUUGUCAGGUUAUUUCUUUCAUAGCUCAGCUCGUCGAAACGGCAGACGGUACGCGGCCCUGGCCGAAUCUCAUCGUGGUGCCGCCGAGCACCUACGACAACUGGCUGGGCGAAUUCAAAAAGUUUGCUCCCGGGCUGUCCGUCAUUGGCUAUCGCGGAUCGCAGCCGGAGCGUGCCCAAAUCGCCUACGAGAUUGGGCAGGAUCUCGACGCGUGCCAUGUUGUACUGGCCACAUACUCGCAACUCAAGACAGAGGCCGAUCUCGAAGCCAUGCAAUCGUUUGGCUUCAACGCCGCCGUCUUUGAUGAGGCACACAAAAUGAAAAACCCAGAGACACAAUUGUACAAGGAGCUGGGCCGCAUACCUGCGGCAUGGAAGCUGCUGCUCACUGGCACGCCGGUGCAAAAUAACUUGCUUGAGAUGACGUCGCUCCUCAACUUUGUCAACCCGCGCAUGUUUGACGGGUACAUGCAACACAUUCAAUACAUUUUCAGGCAAAAGGUGACCUGUCGCGACAUUUCCAACGGCGCCUUUCUAUACAGCGAGCGUGUCAAGCGCGCUCGCACGAUUCUGGAGCCCUUUAUCUUGCAACGCCGCAAAGACCAGGUCCUGUUGGACUUGCCGCGCAAGAUUUGCAACGUGGUGCACUGCGACAUGACAAAGGACCAAAAACCAAUAUAUGCCGAGUUCGAAGAGCUUUUCAAGAGGUCUCCCUCGCAGCGCAAGGCGAGCGGCCGCAAAAGCGACCGGAACAAUGUGUGGAUGCAGUUCCGCAAAGCUGCCCUCCAUCCGAUGCUGUUCCGCCGCCACUUUACCAAUGAGAUGGUUGCCGAGAUGGCCGAGAUGCUGAUGCAGCGCGAACCGCAGUCGGAGCUACAGCAGCCCAACAUGGAGCUCCUCGUGCAAGAGCUCAAGAACUGCUCCGACUUUGAGCUACACAUGUGGUGUCGUGACUACCCGUACCUGGGAAAGUACGACAUUCCGCCGUCGUCGCUGCUCAACAGCGGCAAGGUGACGAAGCUGCUGCAGCUCGUCCGGCAGUACCAGGCCAGCGGUGACCGCGUGCUCGUCUUCUCCAGAUUCGUGCGCCUCAUUGAGCUGCUACGGGAAGUGUUCGCGCACCACGCCAUUGACCACCGCGUGCUCACGGGCGGCACGUCCGUGGUGGAACGGCAGGGCCUGGUUGAUGAAUUUAACUCGAACCCGGCCAUUAGCGUCUUUUUACUGACGACGGGCGCGGGCGGCACGGGUAUCAACCUGACGUCGGCCAACAAGAUUGUCAUCUUUGACCAGUCGGAUAAUCCGCAAGACGAUAUCCAGGCGGAGAGCCGCGCGCACCGCCUGGGCCAGACGCGGGAUGUCGAGGUGCUCCGGCUGAUUUCGUCGGGGACUAUUGAGGAACUCAUAGACAAAGCUUGUCAGAAGAAGAUUGAGCUGGCCAACAAGGUCACGGGCACGGAGGACGGCGACGGUGGUGAGGGGGAUGCGGGUGAAACCUUGGAGAGUGAGGUGUGGCGGAUGAUGAAGAAGUAG